AUGGGAAAGAAGUGUUACGUAUGUAGAAAGAAAUGUAUUGGCGAAAUUUUAAAGGCAGAUGGCGAGAAAUAUAUUCACAUUUCUUGUUUUAAAUGUGCGAAGUGUUCAAGAUCAUUGAGGGAAACUGGCUAUUACACGGGUUCAGAAGGACAGUUUUUGUGUGCCGAAGAUUUUCGAGCAUUAUCUGUGCCUUUGAAAGUGAAAGCUGAACAACAAAAUCUAAAACAUGCUGACGAAACUUCCUUAUCACCAGCUUCUCCGAUUAUCCCGCCAGGUCAACCAUCACCUCCUCUCAUCUCUCCUGCAGAUAUUCGUCAAGUUUCUGCUGCAGGAUGUGCAUCUUGCGGACAGCCACUGCAGAGUGGUCAGGUGUUGCUGGCACUUGGAGAACAGUGGCAUGUUUGGUGUUUUAAAUGUUCUGAAUGCACUACCAUUUUACAAGGCGAAUACAUGACACAUGAUGGCAAACCACUUUGUAUUCGAGAUUAUAAUACGAAAUAUGGUGUCCGGUGCUAUGAAUGUGAUAAGUACAUUGCUGGGAAAGUAUUGCAAGCUGGAGGUUACAAGUUUCACCCGACUUGUGCUCGUUGUUCACGUUGCGGUGAACGCUUUGGUGAUGGAGAGGAAAUGUACAUGCAGGGUGAUGAAAUUUGGCAUCCAGGUUGCGAGCAGACUAAAGUGACAGAAAGUAUUGCAUUAACAGGUCUACUAAAUGAUGCUCGUGAGGAACCAAAAUAUCAUUCGCAUUUUGGCCAACAUUUGACAUACAUGUAUCUAUUGCCAGAGGCUGAGCAAACGUAUUUGAAGCAACCGAUCCCACCCCAUCCACCACAGCUUGCGCAGUUUCAUACUCCUCAGGGUCCAAUUAAAAUCCGGAAAUCACGGCUUUCAAUGUUGAAAACAGGAAUGCAACGGUUAACGGAAGAUCUCGAAAAAAGUGCUCCACGUCCACGAUCACCGCAUAUGGAUAAUGAAGAACCGAUUGAGAUGGCCCAUUAUCCGGCUGGGCAUGCUCCGGAACCUGGUAUUGUCCCACCAAUUGAGCGAGCGGACUUUCCAGCGCCACCAUACCCUUAUGCACUGGACGAUGUUAAACGCCACCUUUCAUGGUCAUCUGUUGAAAAUGAUGAUGACGAUGAUGAAGAUGAUUAUGAAGAGUCAAAUCGAAUUAAUGACGAGAAGUUACGGCGAGCAGUGGAGCAGUUAGAUACUUAUGACAAAGAUUCGUCAAUUGCUCGUGUUAUUAAGCAAAAUCUCGAAGAAGUGCAUAAGAAACAAAGAUUGCCUCUGCACUGGGAUCCAAGAAAUGCAAGCCGUACACCAUCUGCCAAGAAGAUGCCUCACUUGCGAUUUCGUUAUGACACUCCAGUAAAUGCAUCUCCUUCUCGUCAUGUGAAUCGACCGAAACCAUGGGUUUAUUGGCAGAGACAAACGGAUAAAGCGGCGACAACAUCAAUACCAUUUUUCCACAUUCCGAGGGCAUGCGUCGAAAUGACUGGUCGAUCAGCUACGCUACCGGAUGGUUAUCAUUAUGGGCAAAAUGUUUCCUUAGAUGUUCUCAACACGACAAUUAGCUCUCACUUUUCUGACCAAUUGCUGGGACGUAGUGGUACUUUGCCAGGUGACUACCGUACUUGUACCACAAACGGUGCUGGUACAGGUGGGAGUCGUGGUACUUUGAGAAGUUCAUUGCCAGAUAUGAGUAAACCAGCAAAAAUUUAUCCGCUGAACGUUUUGCAAACAUCUAACAAGAAAUUACCAGAUGAUGUGGAUCGCGCACAUCUAGAACGGCAUCUGAACAGAAACCAGUUUGAAGAGACGUUCAACAUGAGUCCUAUUGAGUUCUAUAAGUUACCGGAGUGGAAAAGAAUUAAUUUGAAACGAAAAGCGAAACUCUUCUAA